AUGGAACUUAAAAUUCCUAGUCUGAAAAAUCAGUUUUAUAUCCGGCUACACAAACAACUACACAACUUCGUUGCCAUGACGGAAAAUCGCAUCAGACAAGUCUUCAGGGAACGCAAAGAACAGGGCAAAACAGUGACCGUGGCAGGACCUAUGGUUCGGUACUCAAAACUGCCGUUCAGAGCUCUGGUACGCCAUUUCGACUGUGAUGUGGUAUACUCACCCAUGAUGCUGGCUCGGGAAUUCUGUCGAAACCAGACAGCCCGGCUCUGCGACUUCACAACCAACAAAGACGAUUUCCCGCUUAUCGUGCAACUUGGAGGCAACAACGCGGAAGAUAUGGUCAAGGCUGUCAAGAUGCUGCAACCGUAUGUGGACGGAGUAGGAAUCAACUGUGGAUGUCCUAUCAAGGAGCAGAUCCGAGAGGGAGUUGGAGCAGCGCUGAUGACGGCUCCCGAUCUGGUUGCAGAGAUGGUGGCUGCUAUUCGUAAGGAAUGUGGUGCUGAAAUAUACGUGGAGGUGAAGAUGCGGAUUCACAAGGACCUGAAUGACACGGUGCACUUUGCCAAGCUUGUGGAGGCUGCUGGAGCUGAUUCUAUCAGCGUGCAUGGCCGGCUGGUUCCACAAAGAAGCAGAACGGCCCCUAACUACGACGGAAUCAAGAUUGUCAAAGAUUCUGUCGACGUUCCUGUCAUCGCCAACGGAGACGCAUUUACAACUACUAACAUCGAGGAGAUUGUCGAGCUGACGGGCUGCGACGGAGUCAUGGCUGCGCGAGGCAUUCUCAGCAACCCAGCAAUGUUUGCAGGAUACACAAAGACGCCCUGGAGAGCAGUGGAGCUAUUCUGGGACUACGUCACAGCUUAUGGACUUCCAUAUGCUCUUACGAUCCACCACUUUUCGGAAAUGUUGGAGGCAGAGCUAACGAGGUACGAGAAGAAGGACCUCAACAACUGUAAGAACAUGGUGGAGCUGAUCAACUGGUUUGAUGACCGGUUUGACCUCAAGCGACCUGGAGAUGAGGACUUUGCUAUCAGAGACGAGUAUCCCUGGAAGAACAGAACAAGUUUUGUAUAUAACUAG